AUGUUUGAUGAUGAUGAUAUGAUGUUUGAUGACGAAGGGGAAGUCAUUGAUGAUGAAGAAGUUGGCAUUGAAAAUAAAUUUUAUGAUGCUAAAAAUGACAUGGAAACAAAUUUAGAAGGGGCCAUUGAAAGUUUCAGAGAGAUUGUUCAAGAAGAUGCUGAAAAGAAGACUGAAUGGGGAUAUAAGUCAUUGAGAAAAUUAUGUAGAUAUUAUGGUAAAGCAAACAAUGAAGAAGAAUUUAAAACAUAUUUUGUACAAUUUUUAGAAUAUUUAAAUAUUCCAGCAGUUUCUAAAGCUGAGAAAGGGUUAUUCCUUAUUUUAGGAGAUAUAAAUGGAAUGAGAAAUGAAGUGGUUAUUGAAAUAGUAAAUAAAGCAAUUGAAAUUUGUGAAAAGAAUUCUAAUUUUAGUAGAAUUGUAUUUAAGUUAAAUAUUAAAAAAGCUAGUACU